AUGCCGAACAACAACAUACCUCACCUACGACUUAGACAUUUGAACGUUAGAGGCCUUGAAAGUCAUAUCGAUGAGAUCAAGCUUCUUCUACAUAGGGCGGAAUAUCAUUUCUUCGCUGUCACGGAAACUAAGCUGAAACCAUCUUCUCCUGUGGGACCGGUGCGCCUGCCGGCGUACAACUUCGUGAAGCAUUCCCUACCGUCGACCCGUGGCCGUGGAAGCAAGGCCUGUGGGGGAAUUGGGCUCUACGUGUUGAAAGGUUUGAAGGCAAUCCCUGUACUCAGAUCUGAACAUAAUUUGGAUGCUCCGCUCGAUCAGAGGUUUGAAUAUCUAGCAGUACAGGUUAAAAUCAACGACCUCAGCAUCGGAAUCGUUAUUGUGUACAAUCCAAACGUCUCGAACCCUCACUUUGCACCGAAGAAACGAUACGGAGAAAGGCACUUUGCUCAUGACCUCCCAGCAAAAAAGCUUUGGAGCAACCUCCGGCGCGAAGGCGUGCAUAACAAUACCAAAAAGAACGUUUCCUUCGACCAAGCCGAUCCCAACGAGAUGAAUCGCUUUUUCUGUGAGGGACAUCAACGUGUGAUCAACGAUAGAGAGGAAGAAGAAGAGCCAGAACACCGCACCGCCACAGACCGUGGAGGAGCCAAUUUCAACUUCCGACGUACGACGGCCAACGAAAUAUCCCGAAAAAUCAUGGAGAUCCAGACUAACGCUGCGGGUUCUGACGGUAUUCCUAUCUCGUUUAUCAAAAUGCUGGCACCGUUUGUGCUGCCGGUGCUGGUUCAUCUAUACAACGCCAUAAUCGAAGCACGUACGUUCCCUGCUAUUUGGAAAAGUGCGCUGAUUACACCGAUACCCAAGGUAGGUAGUCCAACGGAACCCAAAGAUUUUCGGCCAAUUAGCGUACUCCCAGCGGUAUCUAAGGUACUCGAAAAGAUUCUUCUCGACCAAAUUGUGGACCACGUGGACAGGAACGGCAAUUCUCUUCUUGCAACGAACCAGUCUGGCUAUAGAAAAGGACAUAGCACAACGACCGCCCUGGCAAAGGUAACGCACGACAUCUACGACCACUUCGAUAACGACCAGUGCACAGUUAUGGUUCUUGUCGACUUCUCGUUGGCAUUUAACUGUGUCAACCACCGAAAACUACAAAGGAAGCUUCGAGAGGAGUUUCAUUUCUCCAACAAUGCAUGCGACCUGAUACAUUCGUUUCUCGAGCAUCGGACGCAAGCAAUCUACAUCUCCGGAUCGAUACGCGACGUAGACCAGCUCAUCUCGACCAUUAACAGCGAUCUUGAAACGAUACAGCAUUGGGCCAGGCAGAACUCUCUUUUCCCCAAUCCGAAGAAGACGCAGGCUAUCAUUUUCUGCAAGGAAGGUGCUGUUGUUCCAACAACGAGCAUCGUUUUCUGUGGGGAGCGCAUCAAUCUAGCAGGCAACGUUGUGAAUCUUGGAAUCAGAAUGGACUGUAAUCUGAAAUGGAAUGGACAUAUCAACGAUGUGACAGCUAAGGUUUUCGGAACGUUGCGAACACUCCGAAGAUUCGCACCUGUUCUGUCAGUUCUAACUAAGCUGAAACUAGUUCGAGCCGUAAUCUUGCCAUUUUUACGUACUGUGAUGUCAUCUACUAUCCCGGACUAUCUGCGGCGCUUCGUGAUCAACUUAAUCGCUGCUUCAAGGCAUCAGUUCGCUUCGUUUAUAGCCUCAGACGUAGAGAAACCACCGCUGCCGUGA